CCGAACGAGGGCAGCAGCUGAGAGGCCGUAACCGGCAGUGACGGGAAGCGGGUUCGGUUGCCUCCCGUGCAAGCUCCGGCCUGAGUGGACGCGCCGCCUCCCUUCGCUUCUCUUUCUGUCUCCUGGGCCGCCACCUCCUCCUCCACCGCCAUGGCGCUCAGCGAUGCCGACGUCCAGAAGCAGAUCAAGCACAUGAUGGCUUUCAUUGAACAGGAAGCGAAUGAAAAGGCAGAAGAAAUAGAUGCAAAGGCUGAAGAAGAAUUCAACAUUGAGAAAGGUCGCCUUGUUCAGACCCAGAGGCUGAAGAUCAUGGAGUACUAUGAAAAGAAAGAGAAACAAAUUGAACAGCAGAAGAAAAUUCAGAUGUCCAACCUAAUGAAUCAGGCACGGCUGAAGGUUCUCAAAGCAAGAGAUGAUUUGAUUGCAGAUUUGCUGAAUGAAGCUAAGCAGAGGCUGACUAAAGUUGUGAAGGAUUCUUCCAGGUACCAAAUGCUGUUGGAUGGGCUGAUUCUACAGGGAUUUUAUCAGUUACUUGAACCUACAAUGAUUGUCCGUUGCCGAAAGCAAGACCUUCCUUUAGUUAAGAAUGCAAUCCAGAAGAGCAUCCCUAUCUACAAAGCUGCUACCAAAAAAGAAAUUAAUGUUCACAUUGACCAGGAUACAUUUCUGCCAGAGGACAUAUCUGGUGGUGUUGAAAUCUAUAAUAAUGACAAUAAAAUCAAAGUUUCCAAUACUCUGGAAAGCCGACUGGAUCUGAUCGCCCAGCAGAUGAUGCCAGAAAUCCGAACGGCGCUCUUUGGUGCCAACAACAACAGGAGAUUCAUGGACUAAAUGCUGUGAAGCAAAGUGGAAUCUCUUCCACUGCCAUAAUGAAGGGAGAUGUCUGAACCUCUCUAACAAAACGGCAAACAGCUCCCACCCCCUUAUAAUGUACUCAGUGAUAUAUUGUUGUCCUGUGUAAGUUCUUCAGUUAAAUUAUUAUUUGCAUACCUGCUGUGCUUAGCUUGACCAGGAAAGAAGCUGGAAGACCUCUUUCCCCGCAGCAGUGGUAUGUGAUACAAGGCGUGAGGUGUCUGCCUGCCUUAGUACAAGGGGGGGGAUCUGAUCAGAUGUUACUUACGCCACUUCCCUCAAGGUUUGUCAUCCACCCCUGCUACUUAUGCCUACAGCUUUAUCCAUACUUGGUCCAAACAGAGCAUAUAUUUCUCUUGGAUUGCUGCAACUCAUGGUGACAUGAUCAGCACCAAACCUUCGUUCUGUAUAUGUGGCUUCAAAUAUAUAUAUAUACAUAUAUUAUAAAAAGGCUGACUGUGUAAUUUGUUAGUUAAAAUAAAUGUGUUAGAUCUUUUGUUCUA